CUCCGGAGCGUCGCGCUCCACGGCUACUGGCGGUCGUCGUCGGCCUGGCGCGUCCGCGUGGCGUUGGGCUUCUACGAGAUACGCUACGAAACCGUCGCCGUGCCCCUCCUCGAGGGCAAGCAGGCGGCCCUCUCGGCCAUGGGCCAGGUGCCGCGCCUCGACUGGACCGACGCCGGCGGCGUCCGGCGGUCCCUGACCCAGUCCCUCGCCAUCAUCGAGUUCCUCGAUUCCGUCGCGCGCGCGCCGGCGGAGCCGUCGCUCUUCCCCGCGGACGCGCUCGACCGCGCGCGCGCGCGCGAGAUCGCGGAGAUCGUCAACUCGGGCACGCAGCCGCUCCAGAACCUCGGCCACCUCAGGGCCCUCGAGGGCCUCGGCGUCGACGCCAAGGCCCGCGUCGCCAAGCCCGCCAUCGCGAAGGGCCUCGCGGCCGUCGAGGCGCUCGUCGUCGACGGCGACCGCUUCUGCGUCGGGGCCCACGUCUCCGUCGCCGACGCGUGCCUCGUGCCCCAGCUCUACAACGCGCGCCGCUACGGCGUCGACCUCGCCGCGUACCCCAAGCUCGCCGCCAUCGAGGCGCGCCUCGCGGCGCACCCGGCCUUUGUGGCCGCGCACGCGUCGAACCAGCCCGACGCG